GUGUGACGGUGCGUGACGUCACCGCCGGCCCGUGUUUACAGCCGCCUGCGGAUCGGGGCGAGCCCAAGUCCCGACAGCGGCCCCGACAGACCGAUCGGCGCCGGGACCCCCCGGCCCCGGGCCCCGGCUGCGGACCCCGGCCCCGGCUCCGGCAGCGGGGCUGGCCAUGGGGCAGGGUGCCCCGGCGCACCCCGGCUGACCGCCCCGUCCGCCCCGUCCGCCCCGUCCGUCCCGUCCGUCCCGUCCCGUCCCGCCCCGGUGGACCUUGGCCGGCCGGGGAUGCUGGCGGGAUGCCGGGCGCCGGGGCGGCCGCGCUGGCCUGGGCGCUGGUGGCCGGGGCGCUGGUGGCCCUGCCGCCCGCCGAGCCCCAGCCCCGCGGCCGGCGGCGGGUGGCCGAGAAGGAGGCCCAGUUCAACACCACCUACGCCGACUGGGUGGACGCCGACCUGCUCAACAUCUACGCCUUCAACCACAGCGUCCGGCGGAACCGGACAGAGGGGGUGCGGGUCUCGGUGAACGUCCUCUCCGACCACAAAGACCUGCCCGUCCUCUUCGUGGUGAGGCAGAAGGAGGCGGUGGUCUCCUUCCAGGUGCCGCUCAUCCUCCGGGGCCUGAACCAGCGGAAGUACGCGUACCAGGAGGUGAGCCGCACGCUCUGCCAGCCCCAGACCAAGGCCGAGGUGGAGACCCAGCACUUCUACGUGGACGUCUCCACGCUCUCCCUCAACGCCUCCUACCAGCUGCGGGUCACCCGCGUGGAGAACUUCGUGCUGCGGACCGACGAACGGUUCAGCUUCAACGCCACGGCCGCCCAGCCACAGUAUUUCAAGUAUGAGUUCCCCGAGGGAGUGGACUCGGUGAUCGUGAAGGUGACCUCGGCCAUGGCCUUCCCCUGCUCCGUCAUCUCCAUCCAGGACAUCCUGUGCCCCGUCUACGACUUGGACAACAACGUGGCCUUCAUCGGGAUGUACCAGACCAUGACGAAGAAGGCGGCCAUCACGGUGCAGAAGAAGGAUUUCCCCAGCCACAGCUUCUACGUGGUGGUGGUGGUGAAGACGGAGGAUGAAGCGUGCGGGGGGGCUCUGCCCUACUACCCCCUCUCCGAAGAUGCCUCACCAGAUGAGCCCGUCGAUCAGCACAACCGGCAGAAGCUGCUGGAGGUGACGGUGUCGCCCGCCAUAACCUCGGAGGCCUACGUGAGCAGCGUGCUCUUCUGCCUGGGCAUCUUCCUCUCCUUCUACGUCCUCACGCUGCUCAUCGCCUGCUGGGAGAGCUGCCGGCAGCAGAGGAGGAAGGGGCUCCUGGCAGCCAUGGACUCGCCCAGCCUGGACACGGCAUCUCUACUGGGUCACGCCCGCAGCAUCCCCGACUCCUUCCUGGGCCAUACGCCCUACGACAGCUACGGUUACGGCUCCUUCGGGAACGGCUCGUCCGGCAGCGCCGAGGGCCUCACGGACAGCGUGGGCUCGGCCGAAGUCCCCUACGGCUACGUGGGGCAGGAGCAGUUCAAGCGGCGCACGCCGUCCGCCCCGAUGAGGCCGCUCAGCAUUGCCAUGGGGGAGCGGACGCUGGAGAACGUGGCCGGGCGGCCGCGCCUGGACUCGCUCAGCUCCGUCGAGGAGGAUGACUACGACACGCUGGCCGACAUCAACUAUGACAAGAACGUCAUCCGCACCAAGCAAUACCUCUGCGUGGCCGACCUGGCCCGCAAGGACAAGCGGGUGCUGCGAAAGAAGUACCAGAUCUACUUUUGGAACAUCGCCACCAUCGCCGUCUUCUACGCCCUCCCCGUCAUCCAGCUCGUCAUCACCUACCAGACGGUGGUGAACGUCACCGGCAACCAGGACAUCUGCUACUACAACUUUCUGUGCGCCCACCCGCUGGGGAACCUCAGCGCCUUCAACAACAUCCUCAGCAACCUGGGCUACGUCCUGCUGGGCUUGCUCUUCCUGCUCAUCAUCCUCCAGCGGGAGAUCAACUACAACCGGGCGCUGCUGCGCAACGACGCCCACGCUGUGGAGUGCGGCAUCCCCAAGCACUUCGGGCUCUUCUACGCCAUGGGCACCGCGCUCAUGAUGGAGGGGCUGCUCAGCGCCUGCUACCACGUCUGCCCCAACUACACCAACUUCCAGUUCGACACCUCCUUCAUGUACAUGAUCGCGGGGCUCUGCAUGCUGAAGCUCUAUCAGAAGCGUCACCCGGACAUCAACGCCAGCGCCUACAGUGCCUACGCCUGCCUGGCCCUCGUCAUCUUCUUCUCCGUCGUGGGCGUGGUCUUUGGCAAAGGGAACACGGCUUUCUGGAUCGUCUUCUCCGUCAUCCACAUCGUGGCCACGCUGCUGCUCAGCACCCAGCUCUACUACAUGGGGCGCUGGAAGCUGGACUCGGGCAUCCCGCGCAGGAUCCUGCACGUGCUGUACACGGACUGCGUCCGGCAGUGCAGCGGGCCCAUGUACGUGGACCGAAUGGUGCUCUUGGUCAUGGGAAACAUCAUCAACUGGUCGCUUGCUGCCUACGGCCUCAUCGUCCGCCCCAAUGACUUCGCUUCCUACCUGCUGGCCAUCGGCAUCUGCAACCUCCUGCUCUACUUCGCCUUCUACAUCAUCAUGAAGCUCCGCAGCGGCGAGCGCAUCAAGCUCAUCCCCUUGCUCUGCAUCAUCGGCACCUCGGUGGUCUGGGGCUUCGCCCUCUUCUUCUUCUUCCAGGGGCUCAGCACUUGGCAGAAAACGCCGGCCGAGUCCCGGGAGCACAACCGCGACUGCAUCCUGCUCGACUUCUUCGACGACCACGACAUCUGGCACUUCCUCUCCUCCAUCGCCAUGUUCGGUUCCUUCCUGGUGCUGCUGACGCUGGACGAUGACCUGGACUGCAUCCAGCGGGACAAAAUCUACGUUUUCUAGGGCCCCGCGGCCGCCCGCUGCCCUGGGACUGUGCCAAACGCCCGGCCGCAGCCCCCGGGGUUGGGGACAGGGGAGGGAUGCUCGCGCUGCGGGUCCUGCCAGCCGCUCCGUCCCCCUCCCCGCGCAGCCCGGGGGUCCCGGGGUGCCUCCUCCCCGUUGGCCGGGUCCGUCCCCCCCCCCCCAAAAGGUGCCGUGUGCCCGUCGUAGCCAAAACUGGGGCAGGGGUGGCAGCCGGGUCACCCGUCCUCGGUGACAAGUGACACUGGAAAAGGUGCUGGUGCUGCUCCGUGUCCCCCCACGGGCCGGGGCCAGCGCUGUGCCAGCAGCCCCGGGGCCCCCCCAGCACGUGGGUGUGGGUCUCUCCUCAGUGCCUGAGACUGGUGGGAGGUGGGGGUGCGUGGGUCCGUGGCAGGGGGGGGCCGGCUGUGGUGUGCCCCCCCCCCCACCGAGGCUGCCAAGCGCUUUCGGCGAGUGGGUCUGCUGGGAAGGGACUCGCAUUAAAGUGUCUGCACUUUG